CUACGGUUUACAUAGUUUCCUUUGAUAUAUGUUUUCUUUCGUUUUGUGGGUGUGUUAUGUGAUACCCAUAUGGAAUCAUCAGAGACGUGUAGCUAUGUAAACCGUAGUAAUAAAAAGGCAGAGCGCUUACGCAUACAGCAGAGUGUUCAACGCACCCCGUUUCAGUUUAAAAGAACGUGUUGCAACGUUUUAUCGGGGCUGAACGUGGCACAGCUGUCCGGAACGGAUCAUUGUUGACAACUGUAGCUUGACAGCAAAGUUCUCCAGUUAAACAAUGAAUCAGUCAACAUGUGUUUGGGUGGGUUGUGUAGUGGUUUCGUCGGCGCUAGCUAACUAAGGAGCUGGGUUAGUUAGCUGGUGAGUCAACAGAUUUGACCCAACGCGUUUCAGAGCAUCUGCAGUUUAACGUUAGCUAACGUUAGCUAACAGGGUUUAGCUAAAGGCGUAGCGUUAGCAGCAGCAUGGGCGAUGGCAGUAUUACUCCCAGGCUCGGCAACAUGAAAGCGUUGCUUGGGAUAGUUGCCGGAGCUGGAGCUUCCUACGGGUUAUACAAACUCGUGAGCGGGGGAAGCUUCAAGAGAAACAAGAAAAGUGCUGCCACUGAAAGUCCUGGUGUCAGGAGCAGUCAGCCCAUUGAAGUUACCCUACAGCCGGGCAGCCUGCUGGCCAGAGUGUCUGGACUGGAUGUUGUCUGUCCCCGACCAGUUGGUGUUGCAUCAGCUGACAUCAUCCACCAGUCCCCUGGCAACCUUGAUCCACAGCACUUGAAAAUGCUGCUGUCGUGUUUGCAGACCAGCAAUAAUCCACCAGACAGAUGUCGAAUCCUACUUACGUUAGGAAAUUCUGCUGCCUUUACUGUAAAUCAGAAUCUAAUACGGGAAUUUGAAGGCAUUCAUAUCAUAGCUGGUUUCCUCUCUGAUCCUGUGGCAGAGGUUAGAGUGCAGACUCUAAAUGCUUUAAAUAAUCUGUGUAUGAACAUCCAGAACCAGGAACAUAUAAAGGUUUAUGUGCCACAAGUGCUGGAGCUGAUCGAGAUGUCGCCAGUGAAUUCUGACCUUCAGCUUGGUGCUCUCAGGCUGCUGACAAACCUUUCAGUCACAGAUAAACAUCAACACUUGCUUAAGGAAUCAAUUACACUUUUACUCUCUCUACUUGUCGUGAGCAUCGAAGCAUUACAGGUUCAGACUUUGAAAGUCCUUGUGAAUCUGUCAUCCAAUCCAGAUAUGAUGGAUGACAUUGUUCAAGCUCAGGCACCAGCUUCUGUUGUGCUGCUGUUUGACGCACGAACAGCCCCUGCGGUGCUUCUGCGACUGCUGACCUUCGCAGGGAACUUAAAGGCCUGGAGGCCCUCGGCCCAGGUGGCUGAUGAACUGAGGCGGAAACAGGAUUGCCUUUUCCGGGUCAUGUUAGAUGAGUCUUCCCAGCUCCACAGCAGACUGGUCCAGCUGCUUUCACACCCUGAUGGGGACAUUCAGUCCCAGGUGGCCCGCAUCUUGACAUAGAGCUCCUUAAUCUUGAUCCACGCACAACUUUUGCUUCCACACGUUUUGCCAAAGCCACCAACCAAUCACCCUUCAAGUUCAGUUGUAAAUCUGUGGAUACUCAGAUUACACUCUUACACUCUCUAUAUCUACAGUGUUCACUAGAUCAGUAUCAUUAACAUACAUAAGUAAAUUAUCUAUUCCACCUCACCGGCCACUCUUUCCUGAUUUCCACUUUCUUAUAUUACAAUGAAUUGAUAAGCACCAAGGAAGUAGGAAGAAACUAUUCAUUCAGUGGAGUGUAGAAAAGGCCACCUCUAUCAUUUUUUUUUUUUCUUCCUGCCACCAAGAGUUUUCUUCUGGUUGCCAGAGACUAUUUGCCUUCAAAGAUCCACAGUGCCCCUCCUUCUGAGAAUUUCACCUAUUUUUGCUGAAGACACGUUCCAGGUGACAUUUCUGAACCCAAACCCACUGCCAAACAUUUUCCAGAGAAUGUGUCAGAAUGACCUGUGCAGCACGACCCAACGUACUUACUACCCUCCUGUGGCUCAGAGAGCUGAAGAGGUUUCUUGCCACACACCUUAGCAUGCCUUGGAGACACGAAUGAAUUGAUGCACUACAUCUCCAGUCCUUGCUUAUUUACAUGUUGGAUUUAGAGGUCUUUAAGAUAAUUUAUUUAUGUUUUUAAUUUGAGAAUCAGUGCAUCAUAACUUUAGAAGAGCCUAAGUAAGGUCAACUAACACGGUGGUUGACCUCCCAUUCAGGUUCAGUGUAUUGGGAAGAACUUGGAGUUGAAACACUGCCUCCCCUGCAUUAAGAAGAGCUAGUACAGGUGGUUGGUAAACCUGGUAAGGAUACAACCUGAGUAAACUUUGACUUAAAAGGUGCACUGACCACAGCUGCCUGAGAGAAACCCCCAGGGUUGAUCCAGGACAUAGUGGUGGGGUUGCAUCUCUCAGAAACACCUGCAAAUCCCAGAGGGGGGAGCUGGAGGAAGUAGCAGGGGGAAAAGGAUGUCUGGACUGCUAUGAUUGUUAGAGCUACCACAAAUAUAAUACAGAUAUGCAGCUUGGAAAUGAAUGAAGGAGGGGUUAACCUCUGAUAAAGCAGUCUGUAGUAAUAACGAUUACUGCAUUUUAAAAUGUGAAUGCAUACGAUGGUUAUUCAAUUACAACAGAGAUUGAAUGUUAAAUUCAAGCCUUGUUAUUUUAAGUUAUGCACUUACUGUAAUGAGACAGGCUGUAAGUGACCGAUCCACAUGUCUAGCUGGAGGACUGGAGCUGUGGACCCAGCUGCUGACUUGUUCACAGUAUUUACAGACACAGGAGCAUGAGUGUGGGUGCAUACCUCUAAAUUGCAUGAAAAAUGUGACUAUUAUCUCAGAAUAUAAAUUUGUAAUGCAAGGAUUUUGUGGCAUGAGCCAGUCCAGGUGUAAAGAAAUGCUGCACAUUUUUUAUGUUUCGACAUUGACUUUAUUGAACCCAAAUCCUAAAUAUCUCUCAGGCAAUAUGGUUUACCAGAACAGUAACCUAGAUUAUAAUAUUUAUUUAAUGAAUUUUGCCUAUAAAAUGAGAAAUCUGUUUGUCUGUUUGAUUGUUUCAAUA